AUGGAAUGCAGAGUAUUGUCAAUUCAGAGUCAUGUUGUCAGGGGAUAUGUUGGCAAUAAAUCGGCAUCAUUUCCGUUACAGGUGCUGGGGUUUGAGGUGGAUUCAAUCAACUCGGUACAAUUCUCCAAUCAUACAGGCUACUCCCACUGGAAAGGCCAGGUGCUGACCGCUGACGAGCUGCACGUCCUCUACGAGGGGAUCAAGCUCAACAACGUCCACCACUACGACUAUGUUCUCACAGGGUACACUCGAGACACUUCCUUUCUUGAGAUGGUUGUGGACAUCGUACAAGAGCUGAAGAGGGCCAAUCCUAACCUUGUGUAUGUGUGUGACCCGGUGCUGGGGGACCAUGGCUCCAUGUACGUUCCUGAGAACCUGCACCCGGUCUACAAGAACAAGGUAGUGCCAGUGGCCGACAUCAUCACACCCAAUCAGUUUGAAGCAGAGCUCCUGACAGGGAAGAACAUUAGCACAGAGAAAGAUGCAGUGGAGGUGAUGGACCUGCUCCAUAAGAUGGGUCCUGACACGGUGGUCAUCACCAGCUCUGACCUGCCCUCGCGUCUGGGUGACCGCUUCCUUGUGUCCCUGGGCAGCCAGAGGACGUUGAUGCCUGAUGGUACCAAGUCCACCCAGAGGGUCCGUAUGGAGAUCCCCAAGGUGGAUGCUGUGUUUGUGGGGACAGGGGACCUGUUUGCUGCGAUGCUGCUGGCCUGGACUCACCACUACCCCAACGACCUCAAGACUGCAUGUGAGAAGACUUUCUCAGUCAUGCAUCACGUUAUCAAGAGGACCAUCUCCUAUGCUCACGAGUUAGCAGGGCCUGGCCGAAAACCCAGCCCGCCUCAACUGGAGCUGAGAAUGGUUCAGAGCAAAGCGGACAUCGAGGACCCCGCCAUCGUGAUGGAGGCUACUGUCCUAACCCUAUAG